AUGACGGAAUGCCAAUAUGAUUGGGAACACGACCCAGUGAACCCAAAGAAUUGGUCCCCAGCAACAAAAUGGAUAGUAGCCACACUCGUUUCACUGUACUGUUUUGUCGCACAGUUAGCCAGUUCUAUCAUGGCACCCAGUUUACACGACAUAACCAUGAAAUACGGCAUAAUCAUUCCAACAGUUGAAGCGCUGACUCUGAGUAUCUUCUUUCUGUCGUCCGCCGUUGGACCUUUAUUCGGAGCACCCCUGUCUGAAGUGUAUGGUUGUGUGUGGGUGCUCCAUUUAGCGAACCUCUUCCUCCUCGUGUUUAAUCUCAGCUGCGCUUUGUCGCCCAAUAUGACAUGCUUCAUUGUUCUUCGGUUUCUCGGUCCUUCUGUCGGGCCCAUUAUCGGAGGUUUCAUCGCAGAGUCAGUCGGCAUACAGUAUGUUUUCUAUCUCAUUGCCGCGAUCUGUGGUGUUGCUGCAGUACUUGGCAUGCCUAUCUUGAGGGAAACAUAUGCACCAGUUAUCAGACUUCGUCGUGAUAAAAUGGUGCUGAAUGCCGAAAAAGCGACCACAGUGUAUCCUGUCCCUACCACGCACCGCAUGCCAGACAAAUGGGCCUACUUAUGGAUCAACCUCAAGCGACCGAUCAUACUUUUGACCCGGAGUUUUAUAUGCUUUAUCCUAAGCUUAACCACGUGGCUCAUUUAUAUCAUCUGUUUAGGAUAUCCGGUCAGUAUAUACUACCUGAUGUUUGCUACUUUCCCCGGCCUCUUUUCAGAUGUGUACCACUUCAGUGUUGGAAUCAGAGGUCUGGCGUACCUUGGAAUUGGCCUUGGAUGCCUAUUUGCCUCUGCGAUCAGCGCCAAACUUUCAGACAGCAUAUACAUAUACAAUACUACCUUCUCCUUUGACCAUCUUGCUACACAAAAUGAAGGAAAUGGUAAACCAGAGAUGCGGGUGCCUGCUCUGAUAUUCGGCUUGUUCUUCGUCCCAGUUGGACUAUUUUGGUAUGGCUGGUCUGCCCAAGCCGAGGUCCACUGGAUAAUGCCUAUCAUUGGUACUGCUAUCCUUGGAUUCGGAAUCAUGACAACAUUCCUCCCUAUUCAUCUAUACCUCAUAGAUUCAUUUACUUAUGCUGCAAGCGCUGUUGCAGCUGUUUCUACGUUCCAUUCAUUGCUUGGUUUCACAUUCCCUCUAUUUGGAGAAGAAAUAUUUGCCGCACUUGGCUAUGGUGGAGGCAAUUCCUUGCUCACAGGUUUUGCCAUCAUCCUUGGUAUACCCUUCCCCGUCUGGAUAUAUUAUGCUAGCGAACGCACGCGCGCAAAGAGUUAA